AUGGCGGCCAGCGCGCAAAGUUGGCUGCCUAUUAAGGAUCAGUUCGUGGAUGCGUUGCGCGCUUUCAAGCAAAGGGCUCGACUCUCCAGCUCAGAAGAGCUGGAAUUUUCCAUGACAAGUCUUGACGAUUUGAAGCUUGCAGUGCGCAAAAUGGAGAGUGAUCAAGAAAGCAGACGUUGCAUGAUGAAUUUGAAGCGACUUGACCCAUUUUUAAAGUCGAUGGAAGAAUACGGAAAACUUAUCGAGAUAUUCGUGAACGUUAAUGAGGUAGUUGCCUUCGUUUGGGGCCCAAUGAAGUUCAUCCUGCAAGUCGCUUCUACACACGCGGAGGCCCUACAUUGUAUCCUGGACGCCUACCAGGAAAUUGGGGAGCAAAUACCUCUCCUGGCCAGCUACCAGAGCUUGUUUGCUGGCAAUGACCACAUGGGUCAAAUUCUAAAGGAUAUAUAUACAGAUAUCUUGGAAUUUCACCGAGAGACCUUGAGACACUUCAAAUCAAAAGUGUGGAAACAGCUCUUCCGUGCUACUUGGAAAGGCUUCAAUUUGAGACUGAAAAUGAUCAAGGAUAAUUUGACUCGCCACAAACAUCUCAUAGAGAGCCGUGCGUCACUGAUACAGUUUGAAGAAGUAAAAAUUAUUCGUCAACAACAGGAACAAAUGUUUCAAUUGAUGGAUCAAUCAGCGCAGAGCAAUCGCUUCUGUGAGGUAAUGGAAUGGCUAUCGCCUUUCCUGCCAGAUGGUCUGCAGGACUCUUACAAAGAAAUAAGUUCCAUCUGUCCAGAUGCUGGACGAUGGCUUCUGGAACAUCCAAAGGUCAAAGACUGGCUUCUCCCGCAAUAUUGUACGACUCCGCUCUUGUGGCUCAAUGGAAUUCCAGGCGCAGGCAAAACUAUCCUAGCAUCGCUUGUUGUAGACAAAGUCAAGACAAUCCCUGAGGUGUCGGUCUCGUAUUUUUAUUUCAAGUUUCGAGAUCAAACAAGAAACAGUAUGCUGAGUGCCGCAAAGUCCAUAACAGCACAAUUGCUUCGUGAGGAUAUGGACGGGGAUCUGUUGUAUCAAUUUUACGACAACAAAUCGUCGUCGGGCAGUAUGGCUCUAACGUCGCCAGAUUUGGCCAAGGAGAUGCUACACCAAGCGUUAGAAGGCAAAUCGAAAACGAAAUUCAUCAUACUUGACGGGCUAGAUGAAUGCGAAAGAAGUGAACGCAGAACAAUAACUGCAUGGUUCCAAGAAGAAGCCGAGACGCUGAUAGGUAGUGAUCCUGACAGUAUACGGAUAAUGUUUGUGAGUCAGGACGAUGGUGUAGGACGUAGAGAUCUGGCUCAAGUUCCCAUGAUAAGGGUCUCUUCAGCUGAAAACAAGGAAGACAUCAAGGCAUUUGCGGAGAAAUGGCAGCAGCGUAUCGAGGAGCGUUUCGGGAACCUCCAUGCAAGACUCUUUCACAUUACCAACAUAAUUCUAGGCAUGUUUAUUUUUGCGCGGCUUUUCGCAGAGUAUCUUUUCAACCUAGGCUCUCCGGACCAACUGAAGCAGGAACUCAACCCUGAAAGAUUGCCUGUGGAGCUUGAUGACUUAUACGACCGCAUAUUGUACCGCAUUACGGAUUCCCGUCCAGAACCACUUUCUGCCAUGAUUCGAAAGGUACUUGGCUGGAUAGUCGCUGCUCAAAGGCCUCUGAGAUGGCGCGAGCUACAGGGAGCCAUCUCAGUGGACCUGGAGACUCAAGACGUAAAUUUUGAGAAAAGGCUCCUCGACUCACCCGAUAUUCUCUUCGCAUCAUUAGUCCAGCAAGAAUCCGACGACAGCAUCACUUUGAUCCACAGCACUGCGAAAGAGUAUCUCCGCAGAACAAACUUUGUCCAAUGGAGAAAUCCAGACCACUCGUUGGCUAUAUUGAGCUUGGCCUAUCUUAAUCUUCCACCCUUUGACCCGUCUUACCCCGACGAGAAUAUUUCAAAUUCGAUCCUGACCGGUUUCUACUCAUAUGCAGAAUAUGCGCUUUCAUGUUGGGCGUUAGACGUGGCGACCGCAGUCGGAGAUGCGUCCCAAGCCGAUGAUCUCAGCAAUCUAGUGGAUACUUUAGAUGUCUUCAUUCCCAUGCAUUGGGAAGCGUCUUCGAGAAUGAACAACAUAUCAGCAUCAGUCAAACGAAAAUUCAUUCGUUUCGAGAAGGCCGACUGCUACGACGACCUACUACAGGCAGCAUCAUGGAUGGAGAAACAACUCGAGGGUCCUGAUAAGACCUGCCUUGAUGAAGCACCACUUCGCUUGAUGCAAGUUAUCAAAUCAAUCCGAGAGGUAUUUGAGCAAAAGAUAGAGGAUGGCUUGACAGACCAAGAGCAGGCUACUUUGAUUCAGUACUAUGGUGCAUCUUGGUUCAAGUGUCCCCGUCUCAAUUGCUACUACUUUCAUCAAGGGUUCAAAAAUGCCGGGCAACGAAAAGACCAUGUGAAUCGGCACGAGCGCCCUUUCUUAUGCACCAUCACAAAUUGCCAUUCGGCCAAUUUUGGAUUUGCUGCGAAGAAUGAGCUUGAGAGACACAUGCUCGAUUUCCAUGGCUUCGACAUGUCGAAUGCGGACGAGUUUCCUAAACAACAACUAAGAACAGCCCCUCAUUCAUCUACCAAGAACGCUCGCGACUUCAAAUGCGAGCUUUGCAACAAAACAUUCACGCAAAAGCACAAUCUGGUAGCGCAUGUUCGAGUCCACAACUCCGAGAAACCGUACCAAUGCACCUUGUGCGACAAGAAGUUCACUCGCAAGAGAGAUUGCAACAGGCAUGAGCGCGGUCAUGGAGAAAAAGAAUCUAUUUGUUUCGGCGAACUCGAUGAUGGUACUACGUGGGGUUGUAAGGCCUCAUUUGGUAGGGCGGACACACUUGCUGCUCACCUUCGCUCAAAGGCUGGAAGAGAGUGUAUGCGGCCAGUGAUCCUGAGAGAACAAGAACUCAAUGCAAAAGACAUUUCAUUGAUGCCCUUCGCAGAGUUACUCAGGAUUUGUGGAUUAAGUCCCGAGAAUAUGGGGAUUUCUCAGUCGACUCAGUGA